AAUAAUAUAUACAUAAAAAAUAACACAACUGAUGUAUUUAACAGAUUAAUAAUAUGUGACAGAUAAAUGUGUAGUAAAUAACCAUCGAAAAAGAUCCAAAUACACUCUGCAUUCCAUUAUAUUCUUAAAAGAGAGAAAAGAGAAGUACAUUAGAUAUGUUCAAGCGUUAUCUGUUAGUCUGUUACCACACGCAGGUUUUUUUUUCAUGUAACCAGGUAUAAAUCUUCGAUUUCGAAGAUGAAGUUGCAAACGUUCCAUCUUUCCAAUCAUUUCCAAACAUUCGACAGUCGUUUGUUGGACAUUGUUGUGGACGGACGGAUCUUGUGCGGACCUUCGCCUUCUCUUUCUCCUCCCUUUCUCUCUGACGCAGCUAAAUCUUCUAUUGUAAUUUGGAGACGACGAGCGAUUAGCCAACAUGCUUUGGGGUAAGACGAUUCGCUUUGUAAAUAAUAAAAUCUACAAAUAUCGCGGCAAGACGUGUCUCGUCAUGCUGCGGGACCGGCCGACCGUCCGCUCGCUCGAAGGACGUCGACACGUUCGGCGUCCUUCGAAAUGAAAAUCGUGAAAGAAAACUCUCAUAAUGUCACGUCUAAAUUCCACUUGUUAUCUGGUGUUACAGCGUUGAUAAUGCAGCCGCAGACGCAAUACACGCAGCACGUGCAGGAGACUUUCCGCUUGACCAUGGCGAGUAUGGACAUGUUGCUGUCAGAUAACAAGCCGGCACAAAUAAUAAUGUCUUUUAAAGAUAAAAAAUUUCUGCUUUGCACCUUGCAGAAGGAUAAAGUAUGGCAAGUUCCACUCAACUUAAUAGUUGAAAAGGGAUCUGUUAUAACGUUUUCGUGCAACGGUGCAAGUUACAUUCACCUGACUGGAUAUGUAAAAAUCAAUAUAUCAAAACAACCCAAAGAAGAUAACUGGGUAAAAUUUUUCUUCAAGCAGAUCAUGGACAAGAACAUAACAGAACUGAAAAACGAAUAUAUUGCAGAAAUGUUUGAUUAUUUGAAAAAACACAAUGCAAAAGGAAUGGCCAACUGGAUAGCAAUUUAUAGACCAUCAUUAAAUAAAGAGACGGAAGACCAAAGCUGUAAGGAGCAAGGCACGAAAAAAAAACAUGCGCCGACAGACGAGGCCCGUGGAUCGAAGCGCCUGAAGUACGAUAACAAUUGCGAGCGUACGAAUGAGAGCAAUUCAAAUGAGAAUACGAAGGAGUCUGACGAUGUCGAUGACAAUUGCCAAGAUGAUGAAUCGUCAUCAGACGAAGAAUGCGAUGAUUCGUCGACUAAAGAUGAAAAUGUGGAUGUUGAAAUGCAGGAAAGUAAAGAGGAAAAGUCUGGAGAGCGAAACAAAAAUGAAGCCGAUGACAAUUGCCAAGAUGAUGAAUCGUCAUCAGACGAAGAUUGCGAUGAUUCGUCGACUAAAGAUGAAAAUGUGGAUGUUGAAAUGCAGGAAAGUAAAGAAGAAAAGUUUGGAGAGCGAAACAAAAAUGAUGUCGAUGACAAUUGCCAAGAUGAUGAAUCGUCAUCAGACGAUGAUUGCGAUGAUUCGUCGACUAAAGAUGAAAAUGUGGAUGUUGAAAUGCAGGAAAGUAAAGAGGAAAAGUCUGGAGAUCGAAACAAAAAUGAGAAACGGCAGGGGAAGCGGGAGAUAACAAAAAUCGAGGAAAAAUUUAAGGGAGGAAAGGAUGAUAAAACGAAUGGUGAAGAGAAGCAAAAGUACACAAUUAUUAAUAGUCAUCUCAAGACAGAUUUUGAAGUGGAGGUGAUCAGAUCCGGCACUGGUGAUAGAAUGGCGAAAAAGGGCGACAAUGUCACAACUUAUUAUGUGGCUCGUAUGAUGAGUGAGAACCAUGUGUCAAGGAUUUACGAAUACGAAAAGGGACUCGGCUUCAGAUUCAAACUUGGAGCAAGAUCAAGACAGGCGCUCCGUGACGUGGAUAUGGGAGUAGUCGGGAUGAAAAUAGGCGAAAAGCGUCGUCUCACAAUGUCAUACAGAUUGGCAUAUGAUAUUAAAGGCAGCCUACUCCAUGUUCCUCCUUUCGCCACAAUUGUUUACGACAUUGAACUCAAAGAAAUCGACAACUACGACUAGUUAUUUAUGAAUAGUUGAAGAAUCUUUUAAGAUGUGCCACGAUUGCUACAUGCAAUUUCAUUAGGAUAUGACAGUUUUUAUCUCGCAUUUGAAUCAGAGAAUCUGAGAUCAAUGUGUUUUUUUUUUACUCUGCAUUUAUAUGUGAUGUUAAACUUGCGAAAGUCGAGUAAAUAUUAAUAACUCAGGUAUUACCCAUGAA